AUGGCUGAAUAUCGACACUAUGCGAACCCUGAUCCGCAAUGGGUAGACUUCCCUAAUAAUUUGCCUCGGGAUACCCUCGUUACGCGUGGCAUGACUCGGGCGCAUGAUCCCAUCAAAGCACAAUCAGGACUGGAUAUUACCGAGUUUGACGUGAAAGUGCGUGAUGGAGCACCCAUAGCCAUCAGAUCUUAUCGCCAGACGUCGCUUGCUGAUGAGGCACUCCCCCUGUUUCUGUAUAUGCACGGGGGCGGCUUCGUGACAGGCGGACUUGAGACAGAUGACUCGACCUUGCGCGCAAUUGCGCAAGAGCAUGGCCUUCUUGUCUUGAGCGUUGAAUACCGAUUAGCACCGGAAAAUAAGUUCCCGGUUGGCUUAGAAGACUGUUUUGAUAUUGUGCGCUGGACAGAUUUGUCAAAGGCAUUUAUUCUGGGGGGAACAUCAGCAGGAGCCAAUUUCACGGCGGGAAUCGCCCAUCUGGCAUUGGAAGAAGGCCUUUCGCCCCCAUUGUCGGGGCUUAUCUUCCUGGCUGGUAGCUUUUGCCACCCGGACGUACGGCCAGCCAAGUAUCUAGACCGCAUCCUUAGUGUCGACGAGAUCAAUGACGCCCCUGGUCUGACAAGAAAGUCGAUUGACUAUUUUGCUGGUAAAUACGGAGCGCCACCAUCUGACAAGCGCCUCUCGCCUCUGCUCUUCAAUUCUCAUGCAGGCAUCGCAAAGAAGGCUUAUUUUGCUGUAUGCGGAUGGGACCCACGCCGAGAUGAGGCGCUGUUGCUCAACCAGCUGCUUAAUGAGGUCCAGAUCUCAACCAAGCUUCAUGUGUACCCUGGGCUCCCUCAUGGAUUCUGGACCACGUGCCCGGAGCUACCCGUGACGAAGCAGUGGCUCCAGGACCUGCUCGAGGGCAUACGAUGGUUGCUUGGAGAGCAACCCGAGUUGGUCAACGACAAGGUCGCCGAGGUGACCGAGUCUACUUCACCAAGAGAUGACUACCAGCAUGACCAUACUUCUACGGUCGGCGAUGUUGUCCAGUCCCAGGGUGUCACCCGGAUGGAAGCCGUGUAUCGGGAGGCUAAAUCCAGCCGGGUCUCAUUCUUUCUCGUCGGCGCAUCCGUCCUCGUCUGCGCCUGGGCGUACUCGUUCGAUUCCUCAACCACAUCUUACUACAGUGUCGACGCAUCAUCCCACUACGAGCAACACAGCUCAGUGCUUUCCACACUGAGCAUUGCCACAAACAUCAUUGGGGCGGUUGCGAAGCCCUUCAUCGCUAAGAUCUCCGACAUCACCUCCCGUCCCUACACCUACGUCUUGGCUUUGUCCUUCUACACCGUGGGCUACAUCAUCGCUGCCGCAUCACAGAGCAUCUCAGCUUAUGUCGUGGGCGAGGUGUUUGUAGCCGUCGGCGGUGCCGGUCUAGAUCUCACGAACGACAUCAUCGUGGCCGAUUUGACACCUCUCGAGUGGCGUGGCUUUGUUUCGUCUUUGCUGUCUUCGCCGUUCAUCAUCAACACUUGGUUUUCGGGCAAGAUUGUGGAUGCGCUUUCCAGCAGAGGACAAUGGAGAUGGGGAUACGGUAUGUUUGCCAUUAUUAUGCCAGUCGCGCUUGGCCCCGCCAUCGUGAUUCUCAUCUGGCUCGACCGAAAAGCAAAGAAAGAUGGAAUUGUAAACAUGGCGUCUAGCAAUGCCGCCCGACGAGCAGCCAAGGAAAAGGCAGAGGAAGAUGGCCACAAUGCCCCCAGUGGGACUGUCGUCGCGCCAGCAGCUGAGAUGUCCGGGACUUGGAAGAGCCGUGCGCUGAAGAACCUGGAGGAAAUUGAUGCCUUCGGGUUGAUCCUACUUGGUUUCGGCUGGUCGUUGUUGUUACUUCCGUUCUCUCUCAAGACAUACGCCAAGAAUGGGUGGAAGAACCCCUCGCUCAUUGCAAUGAUGGUAGUGGGAGGCGUACUUUUGAUCUGCUAUGUCGUCUAUGAGAUGAAAUGGGCCAAAGUGCCAAGCGCACCGCGACGACUCAUCUUUAACAGGACAUUUAUCAUGGCGAUUAUCAUCGACUCAAUGUACAUGCUUGCCGGUAACAUUCGAGGGCUCUACUGGAGCUCCUACGUGCUGAUAGCGAAGCCAUGGAGCCAGCAGAAUUGGGUGUACUAUGGAAACACCUUGACCUUGGCACUGUGCAUCUUUGGCAUCAUUGCUGGCCUUUUACAGCGUUGGACUCACCGAUAUAAGACCAUCCAGCUCGUUGGUCUGUCUCUGAAGAUCAUCGGCAUGGGUAUAAUGCUUGACGGUCGACGAGCCACCAUUAGCGACGCUGCCAUGAUCAUUUCCCUAAUUCUGAUCGGAGCUGGUGGUGCAAUGUCUGUAGUGGGAUCACGAGUGGCCUCACAGGCAUCUGUGCCACAUCAGGACGUAGCUUUGGCCAUUUCACUUCUUUCUCUCUGGAGCAAAGUCGGCAGCGCCAUUGGAAGCGCCAUCGUCGCAGUGAUAUGGGCAGAACAAAUGCCAAAGCAACUGCUUGAGCACCUCCCCUCCACCGCCACUGCAGCCGAGCGCAAGAAGAUUUUCAACAACGUCAAAGCGGUGCGGACUACAUACGCCUUCGACAGCCCCAUGCGCCAGGGCACCAUCGAGGCGUACCGACGAACUCUGUACUAUUGCCUCGCCCCUGCGUUGGCUUUGGCAUUUAUCCCCCUGGUGGCUGCGUGCUUCCAGACCAACUACUACCUUGGCAAGCAGCAGAACGCCGUGACCAAUGUUGGCAACGAUGGCCUGCCUCUUGAAGAAGAUGAGAAACGCGCAGAUCCGCUCCCGCGACCGAAGAACAAGAAGGAGGCCUUUUUGAGGUUCUGGGCUGGAAAGAGGUAA